AUGGCAAUCGCACAAGGAGCCACGUCAUAUACACUGGUGCUCGGGGUGUUGUUUAACUUAAUUUUUAAAUUUCAGAAUGAAUAUUUUUAGAUUAGUUGGCGACUUGUCUCAUCUUUUAGCAAUAAUAAUUUUAUUAUUAAAAAUAUGGAAAACGAGAUCAUGCGCCGGUAUCUCGGGCAAGUCACAAAUUCUGUUUGCCAUCGUUUACACGAGCCGAUACUUGGAUUUACCGAACUUUGUCUCGAUGUACAACACCCUUAUGAAGAUAGUGUUUAUCGCAGCUUCCUACGCUACUGUAUACCUGAUUUAUAUGAAAUUUAAAGCCACCUACGAUCACAAUCACGACACCUUCCGAGUGGAAUUCCUAGUGUUACCGUCGUUCGUUCUCGCGCUUCUCAUUAAUCAUGACUUUACAGUUCUGGAGGUGCUUUGGACCUUUAGUAUUUAUAUGGAAUCGGUCGCUAUCUUGCCGCAAUUGUUUAUGGUUAGUAAAACGGGAGAAGCCGAAAGUAUUACUUCGCAUUAUUUAUUCGCGCUCGGAUCUUACCGCGCACUUUACAUUUUAAACUGGAUAUACCGUUACACCACCGAGGAUCAUUACGAUUUAAUCGCCAUCGUUGCGGGGAUAGUGCAAACAGUGCUGUAUUGCGAUUUCUUUUAUCUGUAUAUUACCAAAGUUCUGAAAGGAAAGAAGCUUCAACUACCCGCUUAGAGGAGAAGUCAGUGUUUGUUUUUUAAGAAACUUAAUUUGUACAAACAAUUUACUGUGCAUUUAAUUUAAAGUUUAAUUUGUACGAUUACUAUCAAUAAAAGUUUUAAAUGUGUACUCGUCAAAACGGGAAUGUUUAUUUCGUUUAAUUAACGCAAAUUUAAAAACUUAAUUAAAUGUACAAGACAGAAGGUGUAAUAAUGCAAUUAGGUAUUGACAAUAUCCCGUCAAUAAUUAUUUUAGUGAUUAGACUAACUCUGUACAUUUUUGGACUCCCAUUAUUUCCUUCGGUUUAUAAACUGUGUACAAAUAGUUUUUGUUAGUGUCUCUAAGUAGUUUGUAAGCUUGCAGUCAAAACUUAACAAGUGUAUUAUGCAGGCCGUAGAAUGUUUAUAUUAUAUGUAUUUUAGUGAA